UCCCCAGUGUUUUUUUGAUACUAUAUAUUUUUUGACGCUUCAUGUUUUGUCGCCUAGCAAGAACCGCGCGCAAAACACUCUUCAGCUGCAUCCAACAACAACAACAACAGCAGGCCCAGCAGUCGAGACCAGGCUUAGUGCGCACAUACCACACGGGUAGCGUUCACUCUAGCACCACGACAAUUGCAGCGCACAGCGGCACAGCCAGCAGCAGCAGCAGCAGCAAGAAGAAGCGCUUUUACAGCACGACAGCAGAGACAGAGGAAAUGGCAGCACCGGUCAAUACGACAGACAGGCUCAGGCAGCUGCGCGAGCUGAUGAGCAUGGCGGAGCACAAUGUGGCAGCAUACGUAGUGCCCAGCGAGGACGCGCACCAGAGCGAGUACGUUGCCAGCUGCGACGAGCGGCGCGCGUUCAUCUCUGGGUUCGACGGGUCCGCCGGGUGCGCAGUGGUGACAGGCAAAGAGGCGCUGCUGUUCACCGAUGGGCGGUACUUUCUGCAGGCGCGGCAGCAGAUGGACAGCAACUGGACGUUGAUGAAGAGCGGGCUCCCCGGCGUGCCGACCUGGCAAGAGUACGUCGGCGGCCUUGCCGCCGGCUCGCGCGUGGGCAUCGACCCGACGCUCGUGUCCGCGACGCAGGCGCUCGAGCUGCGCAGGAAAAUGCAGGCCAAGGGCGUGCAGCUCGUGAGCGUCGCGGACAACCUCGUUGACCGCGUGUGGGGCAGCCGGCGGCCCGAGCGGCCCCUCAACGAGAUCUUUGUGCACGACGUCAAGUUCGCCGGCGCAUCGCACGCGGAUAAGAUUGUCCGCGUGCGCGCGGCCGCGGCGAAGGCCGGGGCGGACGGCGUCGUGGUGGCGGCUCUGGACGAGGUCGCCUGGCUGCUGAACCUGCGCGGGUCCGACAUCUCGUACAACCCGGUGUUCUUCGCCUACGUGCUGGUGACGGCCGACAGCGUGACGCUCUUUGCCGACGAGCGCAAGGUGCCCGACGCCGUGCGCGCACACCUGCAGGGCGUCCAGCUGCAGCCCUACGGCGCGGUCUUCAGCGCCAUGCGCGUGGCCGCCGCCGGCCGCUCGAGGCUGCUGGCCGGGGCGUCGGCCAGCUGGGCGCUGGCGCAGGCGCUCGAGGAUGCCGGCGCUGCGGUUCUGCCCGAGUCGCCCCUGCCCAUGCUCAAGGCCAUCAAGACGCAGGCCGAGCUCGACGGCAUGCGCAGCUGCCACGUGCGCGACGGCGCCGCCAUGGCGCAGUUCCUCGCGUGGCUCGAGAACGAGCUGCGCUUCAACGCCGGCCACCUGCGGCUGUCCGAGUGCGACGUGGCGGAUAAGCUCGAGGGCCUGCGCCGCGCGCAGCCGCAGUGCGUUGGCCUGAGCUUUGCGACCAUCUCGGCGGUCGGCGCCAACGGCGCCAUCAUCCACUACUCGCCGACGCGCGGCUCGGACGCUCUGCUGGACGUCAACCAGAUGUUCUUGUGUGACUCCGGCGGCCAGUACCGCGAUGGCACGACGGACGUCACCCGCACCUGCCAUUUCGGCUCGCCGUCGCCGUGGCAGCGGGAGUGCUUCACACGCGUGCUCAAGGGCCACAUUGCGCUGGACCGCGCCGUGUUCCCUGCGGGCACAUCGGGCUUUGUUCUGGAUCCGCUGGCGCGCCUGCCGCUGUGGGAGCUGGGGCUGGACUUCCGCCACGGCACAGGCCAUGGCGUCGGCUCGUUCUUGAACGUGCAUGAGGGCCCGCAGGGCGUCGGCAUGCGCCGCAACUACCUGGAUGCCGGCUUCCAGCACGGCAUGACCAUCACAAAUGAGCCCGGGUACUAUGAGGAUGGCAGCUUCGGUAUCCGCAUCGAGAACACCUGCCUUGUGGUUAAGAAACAGACUCCGUUUGAUUAUACUGGCGGCCCUGGCUUCUUGACCUUUGAGCCGGUCACCAUGGUGCCGAUCCAAAAGUCCCUUGUGCAGGUCGGGUUACUGACCCCCGACGAGCGCGCGUGGCUGGACGCCUACCAUGCAAGUGUGUGGGCAAGUGUCAGCCCGCUGCUGGAGGAAGGAAGUCUGGCAUAUGAGUGGCUUAAGCGCGAGACGUCGCCAAUCUGAACAAAACAAAGAUACGAAGCUAUUUUUUACUCUCUCGUUUUAUUGGGAUUAGUGAAAGCAACACAUAUUUAAUAGGACUGAAUGUUUGGUUCUUCGCCACACAGUCAACAAGUGAGGCAUGUCUAAUUGCUUCUUAGCCAGUGAGUGAGAGUAACACAGUGAUAAGCCCUAAAAACCACAUGGGAUGUGUAUUAGAGAAUUACGAGUGGCUUUGGGACAAGGCUCAGCCAGCAGCUGCAUUUCCGACUCUGCCUACUGGCAAGUUGGAAUUGUGACCCUCUCUUGGAAAUAAUAAAUAUAUAAUACCAUCUAUACUACUA